CCGCCGAGAGGAGCUUGCCUCUUCGUGAAAACUCUUAUGAAUUUGUUUCUGACGAUAUAUAUGUCUCAUUCAUGAAGAAUAUCAACAUGUUCUGGCAUCCGGUUGAUUACACCCGUGACAUUGACUACUACAACGAACACUCUGUAUUAUCAUACUUCACUGAGGAUUUGGGUUGGAACUCAUAUUGGUACUACUUGAACAUGGAUUAUGCUUUCUUCUUGGACGGUAAAACUUUCGGUUUGAAUAAGGAUCGUCGUGGUGAACUUUGGUUAUACAAUGUUGCUCAGAUUUUGAACCGUUACUAUUUGGAACGUUUGUCUCAUGGUUUCGGUGAAAUUGACGAUUUCUCCUGGGAUCACGCUUACGAAUAUGGUUAUGAUUCCGAAUUGAUUUCCUAUAACGGUGUUGGAUUCAGCACUCGCAGCAACUACUUCGAACGUAGAUCUUAUGGCAAAUACGACAUGUUGAACCAAAUCCAAAGUGGAUUCAAGCGUAUCUAUGAUAUCAUAGACUAUGGUUACUACACCACCGCUGAUGGACACAAGAUCGAUAUGCGCAAACCCGAAUCUAUUGAACUCAUCGGAAGUUACAUGCAAUCGAAUAUUGAUACUUUCGAUAGAUUCUUCUUCAGCUAUUGGAAUAUGUUAAGUCAUAUGUAUCUCGCUGAUGUGGACUACAACGAUUUUGAGAUAUAUCCAAAUGUUUUCCUCAACUUCGAAACUAUGAUGCGUGAUCCAAUGUGGUACAGCUUCUACAAGAAAGUUGCCGAUGUCUUCUACCGUUUCAAUUAUCAUUUCACACCAUACACACAAGAAGAACUGUUUGCUCAAGGAGUUCAAGUCAAGGAUGUCAGCGUUAGUGAAUUGGUCACUUAUUUCGAUUUGGUUGAUAUUGAUGUUUCUAACUUGUUGAACGACAAAAUGGUCUUCGAUGAUGGUAAAUUCGUGUGGGACAAAUCUUUGUACGCUCGUCAAAUGCGUCUCAAUCACAAACCAUUCCACUACGAUGUCACUGUGGAAUCUGAUAAGGCACAAAAGGU